GGAUAUUCUAACACUAUGGCUUUCUCGUCAUCAUUUAGUACUUCCGCUCCUCCUGGUGGAACAACUAUCCCUAAUGACGGCUUCGUUAAGCGUCUAUUAUCGAAUCCUCCGACAGCAGGCGCUGAUUUCUCUAGCAGUUGGCCUUCAGUAGGUGCUGCUUCUGCUUCUACUACCAUCUCGAAUAAAACGGCUCGUGGUGCUUUUGUUGCUGGCGCAUCUACUGCUAACGCUAUCAUGGGUACGUGGAACUAG